AUGCAGCUCUCACUCCUCGUGUCUCUGCUUGUAGGCUCUUGCUUGGCUGUCCCCAUCUAUGACAGGGACCAACAAGCCAUUCAACCUUUUGAUAGGAAGUCUCCCUAUACUAGAAAACACAGGGACCACUAUGAUCAUAAGCUCGACUCCUAUGGACAAGACUUGGAGCCCUUGCCGUGGCGAAAUGGCGAUGGUGCCACCAUGAUGGGGCCUCGUAACAGGGAUCGAGAGAGGCAGAAUCCUGAUAUGGUCCGGCCGCCAUCAACCGACUCUGGAAAUCUCCCAAACAUGCGUUGGAGCUUCGCUGACUCCCACAUCAGAAUUGAGGAAGGAGGCUGGACUCGGCAAACUACUGUCAGAGAGCUUGGCACCAGCAAAGAGCUUGCCGGUGUCAACAUGAGACUGGAUCAUGGUGUCAUUCGCGAGUUACACUGGCACAAACAAGCUGAAUGGGCAUAUGUCCUCGAGGGAGAAUGCCGUGUCACUGCUCUGGACACCGAGGGAGGAAGCUUUAUGGAUGAUCUUCAGAAAGGUGAUUUAUGGUAUUUCCCGCCAGGCCAUCCUCAUUCUCUGCAAGGCCUCAGUCCAAAUGGCACUGAAUUUCUCCUGGUCUUCGACGACGGUAAUUUUGACGAGGAGUCGACCUUCCUGUUGACUGAUUGGUUGGCCCAUACUCCAAAGUCCGUUCUAGGGGAAAACUUUCGCCUGGCCCCAGAGGUCUUUGAUAACCUAGAUCCUGCCGACAAGUAUAUCUUCCAAGGAUCCCUUCCGGGUCCCAUUGACCAAGAGAAACCCCGCGGCGAAGGGGUCAAGAAAUCCAAGCUACAAUUCACUCACAAGAUGAUGGACCAGAAACCCCUCAACACCACUGGCGGCCAGGUUCGAAUCACUGACUCCACAAACUUCCCCAUUUCCAAGACUGUGGCUGCGGCUCACCUCAACAUCGAACCUGGCGCUCUCCGAGAGAUGCACUGGCAUCCCAAUGCGGAUGAAUGGUCAUACUUUAUCAGCGGACGGGCCCGUGUCACCAUCUUUGCAGCAACAGGUAUUGCUCGAACUUUUGACUACAUGGCUGGGGACGUCGGGAUUGUACCAAAGAACAUGGGCCAUUUCAUUGAAAAUCUCAGUGACGACGAGCCCGUCGAAGUCCUGGAGAUCUUUCACGCCGACAAGUUCGAGGACUUCUCGCUGUUCCAAUGGCUCGGUGAGACCCCGAAGAAGAUGGUUGCGGACCAUCUCUUUGCCAAUAACAAGAAGGCAGCAAAUAAGUUCUUAGAACAAAUCGAGGAUGCCGAAAAGGACCCCAUCAGGAACGUUUUAGAAAAGUAA